AUGACCAAAAUAUUUGCAGAGGGCAAUUAUCAGGUCACUGUAAAGAAUAUUUUGAAUGCGUUAUCGAACCAAAGUGAAUAGGACAUGCAAUAUCUCGAGAAAUAGAUGCUAAAAAUAUUUCCAAUUUGUUCUAAAAUUUAAAGAUACUUGAGAAGCACAGAUAAAUUUCGUAUGUUCAUGAAACAGUUUCAAGUUGAAAUGCAUUCAGAGAAGGAUAUAAUUUUCACCAUGGGGGAAGUAGGAAGGAAAAUGUAUUUUAUUUUGGAUGGCAAUCUGAAUAUAUUCCCUUAUGAGAUUACGGAAAUCACUGUAUUAGUUCCUGGAGAUUAUUUUGGAGAAGUGAGCCUACAUCAUAGACUUCCAAGAACAGCAACAGUUGUAUGUGCAUGCAAUUCUGUACUUCUCGUUAUCAGCUAUGAGGCCUAUUACAACUUCUUGUAACCUGUGAUAGAUCAUCUAAUUGCAGUUCAGUAUUACCAAUUAAAGCCCACAGCUAUUUUCUAUGGAUGGAACGAAUUGGCAUUGGCAUUGAUCAUACAUCAUUUGAAAUUAAUUACAAUCCUAAGAAAUCAGUAUGUGUAUAAAGAAGGACAGAAUGAUAAAUCAUUUUAUGUAGUAAAGAGUGGGGAAAUAUUAAUUUAAUAGAAAAUAAAAGUAAAAGGGAAAUUAUAAGAUUAUGGACUUGUGACUUUGGGAACUGGACAAUGUUUUGGAGAUUAUGAGUUUAUCGAUAAUCAGUCAUGGUACUAAAAUAGGAAUCAGUUAGACAAUAUUCGCAGAUCUACUGAUGCUGUUUCUACUACGGUGAGUGAAGUCUACAGAGUCCCACUAUUCUAAUACUUGUAGAUAGCAGACAAUUAUCACUCGGUUUUAUUGAAAAAGUAUUUAAGAUAAACUAAACUCAUAUUAAAGGAAAGAAUUGAAAAGUUAUAAGAUUAGGUAAGAAAAAUAGAAAAUUCAGAGGAGUUUGAUAAUCCAGAAACUGUUUUUGUUCCAGAAUUCAAACCAAAAUCUUGUAAUCCUUAUUAAAAUUUAUUGAAAACCAUUAGGAAUACAAAAGUCAUUCCUCAAUAAUAGUAAGCAAGGGAGGAGAUAGAAUCAGAUACUAACUUAGAAUAGUUGAAACAAAAAAUCUAAAAUUAUUUUUAUCAGCCAGUCAAUCUUUAAUCGUAAUUGAGAAAAAAUGAAUAGGCUCAAAGUCUGUCUUCAAGAAAAAAGAACAGAAUUGCUUUUAAGUCGAGAGAAGGCAAGGAUGAGAAGGAUAAUUACUUAAGGAAAUUGAAAUCAAUGAGGAAUAAAUUAUUAGCUUAGACCUCUUAUUAGAAUUCUUAGAUUGAAACUCAAAGACCUCCAAUUUUGAAUUAGGAUUCUCUACACAAUCUAUUUCAACAAUAAUAUUAAUCAUUAAACAUUCAUUCCUACAAAAAUUCAAGAACUGUUACUCCAAGUCGAUCUUAUGCUAUAAAAACUCCGAAUUAGAAUUAUUCAGAAAAGAAAGAUGAAUUUCAUAAUGUUCAAAUCAUUAAAUCUCAAUCACAAAGUUCAUUUUAAUUACAUCGAUAAGAUAAUUAUCCUGUUAAAAAAAUAAUUAUGGAAGCUCGAAGCCAAAAAAAGUCAUCUUUAGGUUGUUUAAUAACCUAGUUAUGA